AUAUAACUUAAGUUAAAAGUAAAUGUAAAGAAACAUUUGGCCUCAACAUGGUUAAAACUAAAAAGUUAUCAUGGAGUCCUUGCAUUCGUAGCUUUGUCUAUGAAUUUGAGUGGUUACAUUCCUCCAGCCCUCAGCUGUUCACUGACACUGCUGAUUGCGGCUUUAAACUGUAAAUACACUAGACUAUCUGAUCUAUUGUCCUGUAGUGUUUUUAUUUUUUAGCAUCGUGAUCUCAGACAUGACCACAAGAGGACAGUCUUGAAUCUGAACAAAUCCCAAUUGAAAUGGUUCCCCAGGACAAACGGCAUAAUUAUGAAGCAAGUCUAAACCGGUUUAAACAGACAAUUGGACACAAGGAUGGACAGAUUUGGGAGCGUUUGGAAAAGUUGAAUGGACAGGGGCAGAGUAAGGACUGAGAAAGUGAUUCAAAAAGAGGAAAAGACAGAGGAUUUUGAUCAUACAAGGACAACAUUAUUGGAUUGGAAUUUAUUCUCAACUUUCAAAAUAACCAUGGAACUGUCUCUGGCUCACCCGACUCUCAAAGCCUUUAUGUGUGGCUCUCUCAGUGGAACAUGCUCCACCCUGCUCUUCCAGCCUCUGGACCUGGUCAAGACCCGCCUGCAGACCCUUCACAGCAACAUGCAGCCUGGUUCAGCAAGAGUGGGGAUGGUGACUGUGUUCUUAAGUGUUGUACGGACAGAGAAGCUCAUAGGACUUUGGAAGGGGGUCUCACCAUCAUUUGUGAGGACCAUCCCCGGCGUAGGGAUCUACUUCAGCACCUACUACUCUCUGAAGCAGCACUACUUCCUGGAGCAGGGCCCCGGGGCCAUGGAGUCUGUGCUGCUGGGAGCUGGGGCCAGGACUGUGGCAGGGGUCUGCAUGCUGCCUGUCACUGUCAUUAAAACUCGCUUUGAGAGUGGCAGGUAUAACUACGUGAGCGUGGCAGGGGCUUUGCGCAGUGUGUGUCAAACAGAGGGACCCAGAGCUCUGUUCUCAGGGCUGACCGCCACCCUCCUCAGAGAUGCUCCCUUCUCAGGCCUCUAUGUCAUGUUCUACAGCCAGGGCAAGAACACUCUGCCACAGGAGAUAAGCACGUCUCCCUACGCGGCCCUGGCUAACUUCAGCUGUGGGAUUCUGGCCGGGGUCCUGGCUUCCCUAGUGACCCAGCCAGCUGACGUGGUCAAAACCCAUGUCCAAGUCAGCCCACAUCUGUACAGGAGGACUGCAGACGCUGUGCGAUACAUUUACAAUGAGCACGGGUUUCAAGGGUUCUUCCGGGGUGGGGUGCCACGUUCUCUGAGGAGGACCAUGAUUGCUGCCAUGGCAUGGACGGUGUAUGAACAGCUGAUGGCCCGCAUGGGGCUCAAGUCCUGAGGAGGGAUGACAAAAAGAGGGAUGACAAGAAGGGAUGACAAGUCCUGAAGAGAGAGAAUGAAAUGUGGCCCGAGGAAGAAAGUGAAAGUCAAGGACAAACCAGUACAGUGAGGAGUGCCCUGGAAGGCAUUGCUGUGUUUGUUUCUUAAGACUGCCUAGUUGUGAGAGUGUGCCAAUGGACUUCUUCACUGACAUACAUUAUUCUGCCAUAACAUUAUUAACACAUUGCAAAGAUAUGAUACCUCAAGGACUGGUAUCCAUACUUUGACAGAAAGAUGAGGACUAGUAGUUUUAUUAAAAUGUAUGUAUAUUUGAAUAGUUUUGCAUUGCGCAAUAUUGUCUGUCUUCAUUGUAUUUGAGGCUACACCAAACAAUACUUUAAUUUAUUUAUUCUACUGGGCUACUUUCAAAAUUCUAUAUUGCACUAUAAGUCAUAUAAUAUUGUUGGUCCUUAACCAGCCACUGGACUCCCAGCCACACUGACUGUUUAAGCUACUCCAGGCUUUAGAUAUAUAUCCCACUGUAGAAUUCUACAAUGUCAGGUACAGUUGAAGUCGGAAGUUUACAUACACUUAUGUUGGAGUCAUUAAAACUAGUUUUUCAACCACUCCACACAUUUCUUGUUAACAAACUAUUGUUUUGGAAAGUCGGUUAGGACAUCUACUUUGUGCAUGAAACAAGUACUUUUUCCAACAAUUGUUUACAGACAGAUUAUUUUACUUAUAAUCCACUGUAUCACAAUUCCAGUGGGCCAAAGUUUUCAUACUUGACUGUGCCUUUAAACAGCUUGGAAAAUUACAGAAAAUUAUGUCAUGGCUUUAGAAGCUUCUGAUAAUUUGAGUCAAUUGGAGGUGUACCUGUGGAUGUAUUUCAAGGCCUACCUUCAAACUCGGUGCCUCUUUGCUUGACAUCAUGGGAAAAUCAAAAGAAAUCAGCCAAGACCUCUGAAAAAGAAAUUGUAGACCACAAGUCUGGUUCAUCAUUGGGAGUAAUUUCCAAACGCCUGAAGGUACCACUUUCAUCUGUACAAACAAUAGUACACAAGUAUAAAUACCAUGGGACCACGCAGCCGUCAUAUCCCUCAGGAAGGAGACGCGUUCUCCUAGAGAUGAACGUACUUUGGUGCGAAAUGUGCAAAUCAACCCCAGAACAACAGCAAAGGACCUUGAGAAGAUGCUGGAGGAAACGGGUCUAAAAGUAUCUAUAUCCACAGUAAAAACGAGUCCUAUAUCGACAUAACCUGAAAGGCUUUCAGCAAGGAAGAAGCCACUGCUCCAAAACCGCCAUAAAAAGCCUGACUAUGGUUUGCAGCUGCACAUGGGGACAAAGAUUGUACUUUUUGGAGAAAUGUCGUCUGGUUUCGUGAAACAAAAAUAGAACUGUUUGGCCAUAAUGACCAUCGUCAUGUUUGGAGGAAAAAGGGGGAGGCUUGCAAGCCGAAGAACAACAUCCCAACCGUGAAGCACGGAGGUGGUAAGCAUCAUGUUGUGGGGGUGCUUUGCUGCAGGAGGGACUGGUUCACUUCACAAAAUAGAUGGCAUUAUGAGGCAGGAAAAUUAUGUGGAUAUAUUGAAGCAGCAUCUCAAGACAUCAGUCAGGAAGUUAAAGCUUGGUCACAAAUGGGUCUUCCAAAUGGACAAUGACCCCAAACAUACGUCCAAAGUUGUGGCAAAAUGGCUUAAGGACAAAGUCAAGGUAUUGGAGUGGCCAUCACAAAGCCCUGACCUCAAUCCUAUAGAACAUUUGUGGGUAGAACUGAAAAAGCAUGUGUGAGCAAGGAGGCCUACAAACCUGACUCAGUUACACCAGCUCUGUCAGGAGGAAUGGGCCAAAAUUCACCCAACUUAUUGUGGGAAGCAUGUGGGAGGCUGCCCAAACAUUUGACCCAAGUUAAACAAUUUAAAGGAAAUGCUACCAAAUACUAAUUGGGUGUAUGUAAACUUCUGACCCACUAGGAAUGUGAUGAAAGAAAUAAAAGCUGAAUAAAUCA